AUGGCAGAAAAAAAUUACAGAUUAGAUCCGAUCUUUCAAUUAUAUGAUCCAAUUUGUUAUUCGUUUAAUAAGAAAAAAGAGGAUUACAUUAUCAUAUCACCAACCGUUGGCUCUAGGUCUCAACUAAAUGAUGGGAUGCGAUUUCGUGUACCACAAACCAAUACAACGUUAGAAAACAAUUUCUUUCCAUCUUUAUUUACUGAAAUGGUUUUGGAAGCUGGUUCAAAUCCCAUAGAAACCAUCAAACACCCUGGGGAAUUUGACACAAUGUUGAAAACAGUUCUAUAUCCCAAAAACUACGAUUCAGUCUCAGGCUGGAUACCCGAUGUUGGCGAUGGAAGUGUUUUAAAAGAACCGGUAAGAAAUCUUGCAAAUGAUGCUGAUUUAACUAGAGUGUGA